AUGACGCGAAUCAUCCUUUACCUUGUCCUGCUUGGACAAAGCAUUGCCUUGAAUGUCUCUGAUCAGUCCUUGCCAGGCCCUGGAGAGGAUUACUACACUCUGUCCAAUGGAUGCCCCAUUGAUAACCCUCAGGGCUUGGUGCGGCUGGGAAACAACGAGCUUGAUGGCAAAGUGCUUCUUCAGGACAUCAACCUGAUCGACGUCUUGACCCAUGUCACCCAUGAACGCAUCCCAGAGAGAGUGGUCCAUGCCAAAGGUUCCGGGGCAUACGGGGUCUUUGAGACAACACACGACAUCACCAACUUGACCAGCCUUGCCUUUUUAAACAAGGUGGGCAAACAGACGCCUCUCUUUGCUCGCUUCUCUACCGUUGCAGGCGAGAAGGGAUCUGCCGAUAAUGUUCGUGACUCGCGGGGGUUUGCCUUUAAACUAUAUACUGAGGAAGGGAAUCUCGACUGGCUGUUCUUUGGCGCUCCAAUGUUCCCCCUUCGAGAUCCGGCCAAGUUUCCCUCCUUCACGCACGCCCAGAAACGCGAUCCGUCAAGCAACCUGAAGAAUGCCAGCGUGUUCUGGGACUUCUUCAAUCAGAACCCGGAAGGAUACAACUUCCUCAUGCGUCUGUUUAGUGACCAAGGCACUCCCUGGUCAUACCGCUACACGGACAUCCACAGCAUCAACACGUACCGAUUCACCCAACCGGACGGUAACUUCCAUUACGUUCGGAUCGCCCUCAAGACUGACCAAGGCGUGCGGAACCUCACCCAAGACCAGAUGACGCGCCUCAUCGGCGUUGAUCCGGACUUUGCAACCCGCGAUCUGUACACAGCCAUUGAUGCCGGCGACUUUCCCUCCUGGACUGCCUAUGCCCAGAUCAUCCGGCCCGGGGAUGCGGUGACCUCGUCGGUCAACAUCUUCGAUGCCACCCGGGAGCUGCCAGAGAAGGACUAUCCACUGAUUCCCUUUGGGCGCAUCACCCUCAACCGCAACCCGGCCAACUACUUUGCCGAGGUCGAGCAGUCGGCCUUCCAGGUCGCCAACCUCGUCCCUGGCUGGGAUGUUUCUUCAGAUCCAAUCCUUCAGGUCCGACUCUUCCCCUACGGCGACACACAACGAUAUCGGCUGGGCAUCAACUUCCCCCAGCUGCCCGUCAACCGCCCUGUGUACUCAUACAACCCGACUCGACGUGAUGGUGCCAGCAACAUUCUCAAUCUGGGCAACCUGCCCAACUACUUCCCCAGCCGGUACGGGCCACAAAUCGUUGCGCCGCGCCAGUACCGGGCGAGCGCUGAGCACAUGGAAUGGGUUGCAAACGUCACCAGCUAUCUCAGCCAGGUCACCGACAAUGACUUUGACCAGCCGCGGGACUACUGGCAUACCCUCGCCGGCAUGGGGGCCACCCAGCAGGCAAAUCUGGUGUAUAACGUUGCCUCCUCGCUGUCGGGGGCUGAGGCCGCCGUGCGCCAGCAAACAUACAAGGUGUUUCGAAAAAUUCAUCGUGAUCUCGCAGGGGCUGUGCAGAAUCAGACUGAAGCGCUUGUCCUGAGCAAUGCGAUGCUAUAA